UUUCGCUGAUUCGUUUGUUGCGAUUCACACGUGCUUUCAUUGUAUUGCGAUUGAAAAUAGUUUGAAAUUUUCCAAAAAAAUUCGACAAAAAGUCCAACAAAUCGCCCAAAACAUGGAAGUGGAUAAAAGUGCCAACAUUGAUACUGAUGCUUUUUUGCCGCCAGCUGGUAGACAGCAGGUAAAAGCGGGUAAAAAGCGAACAAUCAGCACAUCAGCCGGAGCUGAGGAACAAAUGCAAGUGGACGAAGCCAGUGGCAUCGAAGGUGCACGCAAAACUCAAGCACCAAAAGCCAAACGAAAGAAGCCGGCCAAUGUUGAAAUCCGUAAAGUUCCAGUGCCAUCACACAGAUAUACCCCACUGAAGGACAACUGGUUGAAAAUCUUCGAGCCAUUGGUUGAGAAUUUGAAGUUGCAAGUGCGAUUCAAUAUGAAAGCGCGUCAAGUGGAAAUUCGAUUGAGCCCCGAAACACCAGACGUUUCAAAUCUACAGAAAGGUGCUGACUUCGUCAAGGCUUUUGUUUACGGUUUUGACAUCGAUGACGCAAUGGCUUUGCUCCGAUUGGAGGAUCUGUUCAUCGAAACAUUCGAAAUUAAAGAUGUAAAAACAUUGCGAGGUGAUCACGAAAAUCGUGCCGUCGGCCGAUUGGCUGGUAAAGGUGGUCGCACCAAAUUCACCAUCGAAAACGUUACAAAAACCCGUAUCGUUAUCGCCGACACCCGAAUCCACGUACUAGGAAGCUAUCAAAAUAUCCAAUUGGCUCGACGGGCUCUGUGUAAUUUAAUUCUUGGCUCACCGCCAAGCAAAGUCUACGGCAAUUUGCGCUCCGUUGCCAGUCGCGUAUCGGAAAGAAUCUAAUUUAAAAUUCGCUUUGAUGUGCACAGGGCACAUCAAAUUAUUCAAACUAAUUUUAAGUCCACUUGCAUUGUAUAAUUUUUAUGGAAUCGAAUAAAAUACAUAUUUAGAACAUAAA